GGAACAGUUUUAUUCAUAACAGGGAUAACAAAAUGGCUGAAUGCCCAACCAGUAAUAAAGAAAGUGAUAUUGUUAAGUGCGGAAUUUGUCUUUCAGCUUUUACCAAACCCGUUUUACUGAACUGCUUUCACAUAUUUUGCACACCGUGUGUUACUAAAUUGGCCAAAGGUAAAGAGACAUUGAUUUGUCCGUUAUGUAGGGCAGUGCAAGUAUUUCCAGAAAAUGGUGUUGAUGGUUUAACGCUUUAUCCGUACGUGGAAGAGGAAACUCCGCCAGAUACAAACGUUAUGAUUAUAUGUCAGAUGUGUGACAAUGACAAGGUCGCAGUUUCUAGUUGUAUCGAUUGCAACAGUAAGAUGUGUUUUGAAUGUUCUGCAUAUCAUCUUAAGCACAAAUUAUUUAAGACUCACAAAACUGAAAAAAUAGAAAUUGAAUGUACUAAAAUUCAAUCACUAGCAGCAAAAAACAUUGAAAAUUUCACGUGUGAAACGCACAGUGAGGAACUUUCUCUGUACUGUGUACCUUGUAAUAGAGCAAUUUGUAAGGAAUGCAUUACACAGAGUCACACAUUUCACAAAAGUGAGCCAAUUAUCUUUCAAGCUCAGAGAAGGAGAGACCUUUUGCGAUCGGCUAUUGGCACAAUAAAAUCGAAGAUAACUGGAAUAGACCAAGAAAAAGAAAUGUCGAAUAUAGCAGAAAAUAACUAUUAUAAACUAUGUAGACAAUGGAAAGAAGAAAUUAAAACACAGGCAAUGAGAUCGAAAGAAACUGUGUGCAAAAUAAUUGACGUUUUAGCAGAUACAAAUUUGCAAAAACUUGAGGAAAUACAGAAACAAGAUAUAAAGUCGAUUAAUAAUUUUCAAGAUGAACUUGAAACAAAGAAGUUGUCCUUGCAUUGCUUGCUGAGGAGCACUGCCGACAUAGUAAACCGAAGUUGCGAUGGAAAAUUACUGAAUGAGUAUACAUGCCUUUACCAAACUUUAAAUAAUUCUGCUACACAGGGCAAUCAGUUAAAUGUUUUUGCCCCACAUUUCUGCUUUGGUCAUCAAAUUGAACACAAAUAUAUCGAAAAAUGUUUUGGCCUGAUAAAGAGGGGGGACCACCCUAACAUAAUUGGUGCAUUAGAUUCUUGCAAUUAUUCACUACCAGCUAUCGUGGACGUUACUGAAUUAACGAGGGUCAGGUUUUUUAGUAUCAACAAUAUACAAAGCUUAUUUGGUGUCUCUGACGAUAAGACGUGGAUACUUGUUGGAAAUUCAUGGAACCCGGAACAUCGUUUAAUUCUUUAUUCCGCAUAUAGUUUAGAUCCAGUUUAUGAGGUUCAAAGAGAUAUUGAUAUCAAGCAAAUACUACGGGUGACACAAACACAUCUUUGGGUAAAGUGUGAUGAAAGUUUCAAGAAAAUAAGCAUAUCUAAAAAAAGGAGACAUGACGAGACAAUUGUUACAUUUACUAAGUUCAGGAACGUAACAUGUUCCUUGCUACAAAACAACCAUAUUGUUUGGUAUUCUGUUAAUACUAAAUGUUUUUACGAGAUGAAUAUUAAUACAGAAUGGCCUGUCGCUGUAAAUGAAACAACAGUUAAAACCAUCCGCGCUGAACAAACACUUGCUAAUCUUAUUACCACUGUACCCUUCAGGAUAACUGAUACCAUUUCAAACCAAUUCGUAUUGACAUGUAAAGAUAAAGUAAUCACACUUGACAGAAACUUUAAGAUGUGCAACUUUCAUGAAAACAUAGGUUCAGACUUUAGAGGCAUAUGCCAAGAUCCUUAUGGAAAUAUAUUCAUAGCUGAUUAUAAUAUGAGCAAAAUUUGUCUGUUUAAUUCCAGUGGUCAAUAUUUACAUGACGUUUUCGUCCAGGAAAUAUCAAAACCAAUUAACAUCACAAGAGAUUCUGUUGGAAAUAUUUGGGUACAGGAAAGUGGAAACUCUGUACAAAUAUACUCAUAUCUCUAAUUCUUACAUUAAAUAUACUAAUUAAAUGGAUGUAAAGGCGUUUCUGUUUACCCGGAUCAACAUGUAUGUUUUGAACACACGUGCUUUAUUUUCAUUGAACUUGUGGACUAACACAGAAAAUCCGAUUCUUCCCGUUGUUUAGCCAAAAAUUUCAGAAGGCAGUGUCUUCUUUUACUGUUGGCAAAUUCAAAAAUAGGUUCUUUAACUACAUUGACUACUCGUGCCUCUAUCAAUUCAUGCUUGCAAGGACCGUUGCUAGCGGGACAUUUGUCUUCAAAAAUGUUUUCCAGAUCGGAUAUAUCGAAGUCGCCAAAUGUACACAAUAAACUGCUAACGAACAGAUAGAAAAUAAAUAACAUUAGGCGCUCAGUUCCCUUUUGGUGGAACAGAAAUUAAAACCAGUAUUUGUGCAAAAAAAAUAGAGAAACGUCCGACAAUGAAGCAAAGGCACUUGAGGAAGGAACAUCUCGCACUAUACAUUAAUGAAUUAUAUUCACAUUGAAAUACAACCGCACUGUUUUCAGCAAACGAGUUAUUUAUCAAUGAGAGAUUGAAUGUUUGUAUUUAAAAUACAUGUUAAUUGAGUGUGUGAAGUUUAAUCUGGAUUCAGUAUUACUUAAUAAUAAAUCAGUUGUGAUAUGUGGAGUUAUCAUAAAGUUAUAGGGUUAUUUCUUUGAUUAUGAACAUGCUUUAGACUUAGCCUGGAUAAGAGUAUUUUGACAACGUUUUCAAAUUAUCUUAUACAUUUUCAUUACAUCAAGCAGUUAUCAAAAAGCUUACAGCUGAAUGUCUUGCAUUAAAAAAAAUCGUUAUUUUCAGACAAAAUAAAUGUACAUGCAUAUCAAAGUAAAUUAUAAAUUAAUAUCUUUGAUGAAUUUGUAUUUGAUAACUGUAUUCAAUCAAAUAAUCUUAUACUGCAGAGAUUUGGAUUCUGUUGAUCUGUUAUAAGCAAAUGUUAAUAUUGAAUCAAUAUAUGCUACGUAGAACAUGCAAAUUAAACAUGCUAUAUUUUUUUUUGUAAAUAUGUUCCAAGUGUACAGUUCGUUUAUUGAAUUCUAGUAGCAUAUUUUCUUAAUUUAUUAACUUUAUUUUAAUAGCAAUUAAUUGAAUGUUUGUAGCUAUAUCUAAACGACGAAUAGAAUCAAUCAAAAAUAAACAUGAUAUAAGAAUUUGUGCAAAAUUUUAUACAUUGAAGUAUGUUUAAACUUACUUUUAUUUAUAUACAUUUUUUUCUGUCAUUAUAGAAAAAUAAUAUCGAAUGUCAAUCUUUACAAUCUGAAUUAUUACAGACUAAAUUUAAUAGUGCCUUAAGCAUGUUAUGGUGUAUGUCGCUUUUUAUAUAUUAAUGAUCUAAUUUUUGGUAGUCUAUGUUCCAAUAAAAUUACUUGAUUUUA